UAUUGAGCAGCGUGGAUGGUCAGACAGCUGAUUGGCCAGAGCUGGGUCAUCUUCAGGCAUUUGGAUGGACUCCUCUCCCUGUCGGAGGACGACAACAUGGCGGCCUCCUUGCAGCUGGGUCGUCAGGGAGUUUUAUUUGGUCUCAGGCUGUCUCGGUUUAACAAAUGUUCGUGGCUCAGACAGCCGUGUCAGGACCGUGUGAGGGGUUUCUUUCAGUCGCCAUGGGUGCUGGAUGUCGGUCCCCUCAAAGUGCAAAUGCCCGCUCUCUCCCCCACCAUGGAGGAAGGGAACAUAGUCAAAUGGCUGAAGAAGGAAGGGGAGGCAGUGGCAGCAGGCGAUGCCCUGUGUGAGAUAGAGACUGACAAGGCUGUGGUUACUCUGGAAUCCAAUGAUGAUGGUGUUUUGGCAAAAAUAUUGAUGGAAGAGGGCAGUCGCAACGUGCGCCUUGGCACUCUCAUUGCCCUCAUGGUGGAAGAAGGACAGGACUGGAAGCAUGUUGAGAUCCCCCCUCCAGAUGCUGCAAUUCCAGCUGCCUCAGAUGCUGACAGUGCCUCAACAAUGACCCCUGCUUCUCCAUCACCAAGCCCUCAGCCAAAAACAGUAACAUCAGGGCCGUUACGUUUGAGUCCAGCAGCAAGACACAUUUUGGACACCCAUGGUAUUGACCCAAAGUUGGCUACACCCACAGGGCCAAGGGGACUGAUCACUAAAGAAGAUGCAUUGAACCUUUUAAAGAAGUCCCCGGCCCCGAAGGCAGCACCAGCUGCCAUGACAGCAGCAGCCCCGAUUCCUGUCCCAAGUCCUGUCCCCACCCCAGCAGCCCCCCCUCCACCUCCAGGCAGCAGACCCAACAUCCCUCCUCUAUCUGUACCCGGGAAACCAGGAGGACCAGGAACUUUUACUGAGAUCCUUGCCACAAAUAUCCGUCGAGUGAUUGCUCAAAGACUGACCGAAUCGAAGACUACAAUCCCUCAUGCAUAUGCAUCCAUAGACUGUGACAUGGCUGCUGUCAUGAAGCUCCGCAAAGAGCUUGCCAAAGAUCAGAUUAAAGUGUCUGUGAAUGAUUUCAUUAUCAAGGCAGCUGCUGUUACUCUUAGAGAAAUGCCAGAAGUUAAUGUGACGUGGUCUGAUGAUGGACCUCAUCCACUAGACUCAAUCCAUAUCUCAGUUGCAGUGGCUACUGAGAGAGGCCUCAUUACACCAAUCAUUAGGGAUGCUGCAAACAAAGGAGUGCAGGAGAUCUCAGCAACUGCUAAGGUAUUGGCCCAGAAAGCUCGAGAUGGUAAACUAUUGCCUGAGGAGUACCAGGGAGGCUCAUUCAGUAUAUCCAACCUGGGCAUGUUUGGGAUCAGCGGUUUCAGCGCCGUGAUCAACCCUCCUCAGGCCUGCAUCCUCGCCAUUGGCACUUCCAGGCCUGAGCUGCGACUGAAUGAAGAUGACCAGACGCUGCGCACACAACAGCUGAUGACAGUAACGUUGUCCAGUGAUGGGCGGCUAGUGGAUGACGAAUUAGCCUCCCGGUUUCUUGAUAAAUUUCGUGCCAACCUUGAGCAACCGCAGCGUAUGGCCCUUGCCUGAAAGUUAAAGGAUAAAAAUUAAAUGGAAAGCGGAAAGUUCAAAAUAAAAAAGCCCAGCUCAUGGUAUCACAAUUAGGAAGCUUUUAAUAGUGGAUUGAAAUUAUUUAAAGCUUAGAAGGUGGCGUUGUAUAUAAUGUAAACUGACUGGUUACCACCUGGUUGACAUGGACUUCUACCAGCACCAUGUUGAACUGAACUUCAGUGCAACAACAAAAGUGUGUCCCAAAUACUGCUAAAUAUACAGGCUAUCUACCACACAAGCAUUGUAUAUAAAAUCCUCAGCCAGUUUUAAAUCCUACGGUACCAACUCUUGUACCAAUUAAAACCCUAAAAAUGGACAAUUUGUCAAUAUUUAUUACAGAAGAUCUGUGGCGACGCCAUUUGUGCUACGGUUAAAUCCAUGUGAGCCAACUGCUGUUAGUAAAUUUCUAAAACAUAUUAAGUUGUUACUGUUAAUUUUAUUUCCUUUCAUUAUUUAAAAUAUUUGUCACUGACAGGUUCUAUAAGUCCAAAUGUAAUUACAUUCAUGUUGUGUCAUUUAGUUGUCAAUAAAACACACUGUUAAACCGUUAAA